AUGGUCGGCGCCGAUCCACUUCCGCCCACUGGUUCCCCGAGGGUUGAACCGGAAACUGCACUGCCUGUCGUUAUCCCUAAUCCCGCUGUGGCUCCAAUUCCUGGCGAUGAUGAUUGUGAUGAUGAUGAUGCGAUGAGUGAUCCACCUGCUGCUGCACUGAUGGACAGUCGUCCGCGAUUAGUCGGCACUAUUCCCACGCCAGAGGCUACACUAAAUCCAUUGCGAAUAACUGGAGAUGGUGGUCCGGCCAAGCCACCGCCCACGGAUACUUUGCGCUGCGGCAAAUUAAUGUCGAGCACCGUACUGGCGCUUCGCUGUCGUACCGCUGCCACGCCUCCUGCACCAGCCACGCCCACAGCAGCCGUACCCGCCACGCCCACGCCCCCGCCUCCACCGACGCCACCGACAAACUGCUGCUGGCCACUCCUGGCCGGUGAACCCGUUGCCACCACUGCCGCUGCCACUGUUCCCGAUCCUGAUCCCGUUACCGCACCGGCAGAUACCGUUCCUGGUCCGCCCGGCGGCGUUAUUCCCACAGCGCUGCCACUGCGACCGCGUUGCACCUCCUCGACACUAUCCAAACGUGAGAAAAUUCUGGCCGCCGUUGUUGCCGUCUUUGAUAUCUAA